AGGACGCCGCCGGGCGAUACAUCUCGCCUUUCCAUGAUAUCCCUAUCUAUGCGGACGCCGGGAAGGAUGUGUUCAACAUGGUGGUGGAAGUACCUCGAUGGACAAAUGCUAAAAUGGAGAUUGCAACAAAAGAUCCCUUGAACCCAAUCAAGCAGGAUGUGAAGAAGGGAAAACUGCGCUAUGUGGCCAACGUGUUCCCUCACAAGGGCUACAUCUGGAAUUAUGGUGCUAUCCCACAGACUUGGGAGGACCCAGGUCACAAGGAUGAAAACACUGGCUGCUGUGGAGAUAAUGAUCCCAUCGAUGUGUGUGAAAUUGGAAGCAAGGUCUGCUCUCGAGGAGAGGUCAUCCAAGUGAAGGUGCUGGGCACGCUGGCACUGAUAGAUGAGGGAGAGACAGACUGGAAGAUAAUUGCUAUCAAUGUGGAAGACCCUGAAGCAGACAGCUACAACGAUAUCAAUGAUGUGAGAAGGCUGAAGCCUGGAUACUUAGAAGCCACGGUGGACUGGUUCAGAAGAUACAAAGUACCUGAUGGAAAGCCAGAAAACCAGUUUGCUUUUAAUGGUGAAUUUAAAAACAAGGAAUUUGCUGUGAAUGUCAUCAAGGGCACUCAUGAGCACUGGAAAGCUUUGAUAGCCAAGAAAACUGACGGAGGAGAGAUCAACUGCACAAACCUGACGGUGACUGACAGCCCUUUCUGCUGUAGCCAAGACUGUGCAAAAGCUACUGUGGAUGCAGCACCACCGUGUAAAGCUGCCAAUCCCAUCCCACCUGAAGUUGACAAAUGGUUCUACUACCAGAAAAACUAAGCCCUGUGGAUGGUGGUGAGACACCUGUGUCCUUCCCACUGAGGAGCUUCUACACGGAGGCAUAGACCAGGAAAAUAGCUUCAGUGUCAACCAGAAGACCUUGCCUGUACCUUUUCUGAUUAGAAUUCUGUCUCGAGCAGUGAGGUGUGAGCUGCACUGAAGUCUGGGGCAGGCUGGGAGACAUAACUUAUGAAAUCCAACACCCUGCUUGUGCAUGGCCAUGUGUGUGCUGGGAGUCAGGGCAGAUCCCUCACCUGGUACAUGUACGGAGGCUAGAAAUAAAAACUACUGAAA